AUGGCCUCCGAUCUCCCGCUCCCUCUCUUCGUGCUCCUCUUCCUUUUCCUCCUACCGACGCCGUGCUCCUCGUGGCAACCGGCCGACGACGGCGACGCGUCGGUCUCGAGGUCGGUCUUCCCCAUGGACGGUGACGUGGCUUGGGUGGUGCAGGUCAGCGACCUCCAUAUCAGCACCUACAGCCCUGAGCGUGCCGCCGAACUCGCGCUCCUCGGCACCGCGCUGCGUGCAAUCCGGCCUCACCUUCUCCUAGUCACCGGUGACAUCACUGACGCUAAGAAUCAGCAAAGAACCAGUUCAAGGCAGGACGAAUACGAAUGGGUUACCUAUAAGAAAGCUAUUGAUGCAAUUGUUGGACAAGGUGGCAUUGAUAAGAGCAGGAUAUUUGAUAUUAGAGGCAAUCAUGACACAUAUGGAGUGCCCUAUAGAGGAGGAAAAUUGGACUUCUUUUCAACUUACAGCGUUAACUCACAGUUUAAGCGAUUAAACACCAUCAGUAGUAUAUUGCUUCAGGGAGAUAGAAGCUACCAAUUUCUGGGUAUUGAUGAUACAAUGAGUGUUGGCAUUCGUUUUCCUGCAAAUCUUUUUGGUCAUUCAACUGAUAAAAGGAUAGAAGCAGUAAAUUCAGAGCUUCAAUACUGGACCAAUCAUUCCAAUGUUCCAGUUACCAAAGUUGUUUUUGGACAUUUCCCUAUGUCAUUCACUGCAUCGUCUGAAAAAGGACAGCGAUACGAAAGUGUGUUUGCAAGGCAGUCUAUUUCAGCAUACCUAUGUGGUCAUCUCCAUGCAAAAGUUAGUAAGCAGCUUUGGAGGUAUCAUGAAAUCAGAACAACAGAAGAUCACAAGUCAAGCUUUUGGGAAUGGGAACUUGGAGACUGGAAGGACUCCAGAUUGAUCAGGAUUUUAGCAAUAGAUGGUGGUGCAGUCUCAUUCAUAGAUCACACAUUGAAACAGGCACUCCAAACUUCCAUCUUGAUCACAUAUCCAACAGAUUCAAGAAGUAUGAAUAUGUUGGACUCAGAAAAGUGGUCGAUGAGAAAUGAUAUAAAUGUCCUUAUUUUCUCUCAUCAAGUUAUCCGUAAUGUGAGUGCUAGAGUCUUUGACUCUCAUAGUGAGUUUAAGAUUGUUGAGGAGAUACCUCUGCAGCUUGUUGCCAGUACUUCUGCUCACAGACCUUUGUUCCAUGCCAGAUGGAAUGCGGAAAAUUACAGAAGCUCAUCUGCUACUCGCUACUGGUUGCAGGUGUUUGUUCUUGAUUCUCAUGGUGUAAAAAUUUCAAGUGAGCAGAGACCAUUUUCUGUUGAGGGUAAGAUAGCAAUUCCCACAAGCCCAUGGACCAACUAUCUGCUCUUUGAAGUCCAGUGGGAAGACAUGUAUCAAGUUCUUCUGUGGAGUAAUUUGGCCUUCACCAUUGCAUUGUUGUUCAUCCCCAAACUAUUGUAUCAUUUUGUUAGGAGAAGUUCAUCAUAUCAAAGAAAAGGCUAUUGUAUUUUUGCGGCACAGAAGAAGAAUAGUAUAUCUGCUGACUCAGCAAAUAUGCAUGCCGAGUCAUCAAGCUUGCUGCCAGUUGCUCCAAGGGCUUUACUAAUGAAAUUCACUGACAAGAUGGCGUCCAUGAUGAUCCAGUUUUGUGGUAGCUGGACAAGGAGGGCUCUUCUACUUACAUGCUUGAUCACUGCAGCAAUACAUUUGAAGCUCUGUUCAAAGCUAAUGUCAGCUUAUGGAAUUGUACCAGUAGUCUUGUCACCCCCAUUGACAUGGAUACCACUGUUGUUAUUAGGUGGUGCUGCCUAUUGUACAGUUCUCCAUGUAGAUUAG